GUACGUACGUACAGCUCGGAGACCGCCGGAAGCGAGCGAUGGCGUGCAAGACGAAGAGCCUGCUGUUGGCGCUCUGCGUGGCGGCGCUGCUCGCGGCGCGGUCGGAGUCCCACGGCUUGGGGGACUUCACGAGCGGCGAGGCGACGACGACGCCGGAGAUGCAGACCUUCUUCAAGCCCCAGGCCGCGGCGGCUCUACCUGAGGCACUCGACGCCUCCAUGCCAGCCAAGCCAGAGGCCACAGCGCUCCCGGCCGCCGUCGCCGCCACGACGGCCGCCGCGACAACGGGCGGCACGGCGCCGUCAGCCACGCCGCGCAGGCCCGUGUCCGUGGCCGCCGGCGUGGCGGCCAUGGCCGGCAUCGCAGAUCGCCCAGAUACGGUUGCGUACUGCGAGGAAGACGGAGAUGGAUGGCGAAAAAACGGCGAUGGCUAUUGCAACCUUGCUAACAAAGAGUACAUGCUAAUUGCGAAGCAAGGAGUUGAGCAAGAGGAAGUCCAGGAACCUGCUCCUGGGCCAGCCACAGAAGAUCUUCCAGCAGCACCAGCACUUGAAGGCAAGCCCUAG